AAUGUCAACAACACUCGCGCAGUCUCGCGAGAUGGGCUGUUCACGGGUGAAGGUGUGUGGUGUUUACAAUGUUUUUACACCCUUCGCGUUAUUAAUGGAUAGUUGCAUUCUCAACCAAGGACUGUAUAUUGUUCGCCAUACUUAAAAACAUAAUCAGUGCAGGAUGCCAUGAACUUGUGAUAUGAAUUGAAAAGUGUGGCCACAGUUUGGAUUUUGCCUGUGUCAUAACAUUUGAAAAUGGGUGUGGUCUGUGCAAUAGUUCUCUUUAGCUAGUGCAUCUGGAAACUUUAGAAAUGCUACCAUGCAUCCAAAUAAUGCAGAAUCUGAUGCUCAAACCACAAAAACUAAGUCUAACACCACAAUUGCCUUGAAUUCCAACAAGCAAUCUGUGACAGCAAGUACAGCUAUGGGUGUAGGCAUGGAAGAGAAGUUGUCGGCAGAACAGACUAAGGAAAAACUCAAACCCACUCCAGAGUCCUCGCACACCAGCAUACUUCUGUCAGAUGGAAAUCUCCUUAGUGAUGAAACAGACAUAGAUGGUAUCUCAUUAUCUAUGUUAGAAGAUUUCUCUAGUUCUGACACACCAUGUACUUCUUCAUCUGAAAAAUACUCAGAAAAUGCUACAAAUUCUGAAGAGAGUGCCAAGGCAGAAAAGUCUUCUAUAUCACCCCGGAAGAGCAUGGGUGAAGAAGAAAGUUUUGUGUCCCCUGAAGUCACAGAGGAAGCACACAUUCUUUGUGCAACCAAAGAUGGAGUAACUGAAAAUGUUGCUUUGGGAAACAUACUUGAAAAUCAUGAACAUUCAGAUCUGACAGCUGGUGAGAACAAUCAGUGUGCUUCAGUCUCACCCCCUUUCUCAGUGUUUGUAGACUAUAGUCGUCUCUGUUUAGAAUGCAAAGAUUCUUGGCAGGCUGGAUCAGAUCAGGACUUAAAUCAGCAAAGGGAGCUGCAAUCUCUGCUACCAGUGGCGGAGAGAAAACGCUUGAAAAAACGCCUUCGGCGAGCUUGUUGGCCAGUCAAUGGACAAAUACGGCAGAACAUUUGGAAACUCCUUUGUGAAACUUUCCAUCGGUUCCAGGGAGCCAGUGUUUUCAUAGAACUGGAAAAGGAAAUGUUUGGAGACGAUGAAGAAAAUAUUCCAUUGCCAGAAUGGCUUCAGCAAACCCAUAUCUCUCAAGGGGAUGAACAACCAAGACACUAUCUGACCCCUGAAGGGGCUAGAACUGCACGGAAAAUUCUGGCCGUCAUUUCUCAGCUGUCGCCAGACAUAACAUACAGUCCUGCCUUGCUGCCUCUCAUUAGCCUGUUUCUGCACUAUGUGGACAGUCCUACUUGUUUCAGCUGCAUAUCUACUCUUCUGUCAAGCAAGCGACCGUUAUACCUGACUCAGACGAAGGUUGCAUUUGAAGCAACAAAGUUUGUGCUUCGUGAUUUGACCAAAAAAUAUGCAAAAUCAGCUUAUGUGAAACUUGUGCGAACCAGCAAAAAUAUAGAUGCUGUCUUUGAUAAUUGGUUGUGGUGGAUUUAUAGGGACCUGCCAUUUCCACACCUGGUGAUAGCAACAGAUAGCUACCUGAUGGAAGGAAUCAAAGUUUUGUACAGGCUUGUUCUUGCCAUCCUCAUCCUGUACACAAAACACUCAGCACUACAUGAGAUGAGUGGCAAUACUACAAGCAACAUCAGUAGUUUUUGCCAAAGAAUGCCUGUCACUCCAGCAAGACUUCUAAAGGUUGCAUUUGGAAUACGAGGCCUGUCGCGGCACCGAAUUCAGAAGCUACAGGUAACCCAUGAGAGUGAAGUGACAAACAGAGAUAGUCCUCCACGGCCGAAUGUCCCGCAUGUGGCUUCCUCUGUUUCCAUGGGCGACGCCCAGGCAAUCAAAGUCCACACCAAGAACAUGGGUUUUCAUAAGACGGGUUCAUAUAUUCUCAGUCCAGAUAUGCUGGCAGUGGUGUGGGCAUGGCUUCCUACCCGUUUCUCCAUCAUGCAGCCAGUUCUGCUCUUUACAUCAGCAGAGCAUGGUACCACCCUCCGUACCCUCUACAGCAUGUCAGAAUACAGUCCUUACACUAUCAUUGUCAUUAAGACCACUGCUGAUGAUAUCUUUGGUGCCUUCUGCUCAGGACCCUGGUAUGAGAGACGAUCCAACUCUCGCAAUAUUUGUUACUUUGGGACAGGCGAGACUUUCCUGUUCACCCUUAGUCCAGAACGCAACAAAUAUGAAUGGGUUGGCAUUUUAUCAACAGAUAUCCCCAAGACAGCCAAUAUGUUUCUUGCUGGUGAUAAUUCUUGUCUCACCAUUGGAGGCGGGAAUGGCGAGGCAAUCAGUCUAGAUGAGACUAUGGAGCAUUGCAGAACUGAGACAUGUGACACAUUCAAGAAUCCUCCAUUAGCUUCUACACAGGACUUCACUUGUAAAACUGUAGAGGUGUUUGGUUUCCAGGACUAAUUCUUUUCUGCCUUGAGUAAAUGUGGUCCAAGAGAGAUUGAAAAUUCCUUUGGAGACCCAUUCUUAACAGGUGGAUUGAUCACAACUUUGGUUGGUCCUUGAUGCAGAGCUGCUUCAAGAUGUUUCACCUGUGGUUUUGAUAAUAAGAAGUAACCUCCUUAGUGGUAUUAUAGUGGUGGCAGAUGUCCUUAAGUGACAAACUUGAAUUAUUGCACACAUUCCUUUUCCUAGUUUAAAGAGGCACUAUUCUCAGUAUUUAGUAGUUGGUGACUCAUUUUCUGUUUAUUCUGCUGAUCAACAAUUCUCAUGAAGUCAAGUGCUUAUGAUUCAAUUCAAGACAUGGUAUCAUGUCUCCUUGCAAAUUAUUUUAAGUGAAGUUUGACUUUUUGUGCUGUGAAUAUCUCCCUGGGUCUUUUUUAGGCUGCCGCUAUAAUCAAUAGAAUCUGUGGUUAAUGUAUCAAGCCAGCAGGAAUUUUUGAACUCCUUUAAUAGAUGUCUUUUAUUUUUGAGAGAAAGAAAUGGCUGCUCUGAGGGAAAAAGUGGAAUUUUAACACUUAACCACACCGGUUUGUUCAGUGCAAUUAAAAUAGUGAUGAAAAUGUAAAGUUUUGUGUUUGUCUGUUAUUUACUAAAGACCAACUAUUUUUUCAGCAUUUUUUUCUUUUUGAAAACCUGCAAGGAUUGUAUUGAGUCACACACACACACAUGUGCAUUCAUAUCCAACUUGCAAACAGCCCUGAAUGUCAUGUAUUUCUUUAACAGAGGUCUUUCAUUCGUCAGUCAAAUACUUAGAUUGUUAGCUUUGAAAGUGCAAUGGAUUUUCUACAAAUUUUUUUUCAUAACUGUAGGGUGGAAUGGUGAAGGCAAAGCAGCUAUAUUUCUCCACUUUCCCUGUCGAGUUCUGCCAUUCUAUUGAUAUUUUGAUACCCUACACGAUGGAACUGAAAAUGCCUCAUUAAUGGCUACAUCGCAAGAGUAAAAUUAAAAAUUUUAAUCUUUUUUAAUUGUUACUUUUAUGGUGUGUAACAGUUUACCCAAAACUUUUUUUCUUUUUUUUUUUUUUUAUCACAGACUUUCAUUAAAUGAGUGAAAAUUGCAAAGGUUAUAUAGUCUAAUGUCAUUGUGUCUGAGACUGCUGUCCUUUUCAUAGAUUUGUUUACUGUACUAUCAUUACUCAGGUGAUGUACAUUGUAGUAUGCAUGAUGUAUCACAACAGUUGUGGGAAUCAGAAGAAUGUUGUGACAAAGGAACACUUAUGCAAGAUAGAAAUAAAUGGCGUGGUCUGCAAUAUGCUAUUUUAAGGCUUAUUUAUACUCCCAAACCACUGCUCUUAGUUCUAUUUGAUUUGUUGCUAAUAGAAACUGAUACCUCCUUAACUGUCAACAGAAACUGGCAAUAUGUGUUGUAAAUUAUUUGUUACUUGUGAUAUGCACAUGUGGUAGCAUUUGAAAAUGGCUCUACUUUUUAGGAAUGAACAAGCAGUUUUUUUGUUGUUGUUAUUAUUACAUGCACAAACGGAAGCAACAACGCUGUAUACAACCUCAACACCUGAAAAUGUCUGUCAGCACCCAGCUUCUCUAGACCAAAUGGGCCAGUAGGCCAUCAACAUCACAGAAUUUCAUGUUGUUGUGUAGCAAACAGGAAUGUAUUGAUAUUAUAAAAUGUUCUUAUAUGUGUAGUUUACUAAGUGUGUUUCUGUCUCCCAGAUGAUUUCUGGUCAAAACUAACACUGGAUUGUAUUAUUUGUAAGCUUUUGACAUUAUAUUCUGGGGAUUUGUGCCCAGGAACCUUGUAGCAAUGGUGUGCCUUGCUGCUAUUACACAUUGUUCUGAAUGGAUUCCUUUUGUUGUUUUAAAGGGAAAAAUGUUCCCUUACAAAUUGAUGAAGAUUAUCUAGUCCAAAACUGAAAAUGUAUAUAAUUUGUUUGAUUGGAGAAAUCUAAACCUAUGUUUCAGCAUAGUAAAUGUAUUUCUAUAAAUGCCAGUGCACAUAUAGGAGAGGUCAGAAGUUUGAGAGGUGGUCCGAUGGCCUAACGGUUAAUGCCUGUCACCGAUUAGCUCUCGUCUCGGGCAUGGUGUUCUUUCUCUGCUUGUGGCAUCUGUUUACAAGGCUGGCUGCCUUCGUUGCUGACUUAGUGUAAAACACCAAUUUCACCCCAGCUUCCAGAAGUUUGAAUUCCUUCUACAGGUUUUUUGUAAGAACCUGAAACUUUAUGCAUUGAACCUUAAUAUCUAAUAAAUUUCAUGCAUUUCACACUCAAGAACAAAAAUGAAGAAAUAAAAGAACAAGAGAAGGGGAUAUCCAGCGCUGUUUAAGGAUGUUGUCAUGGUCCAGAAAGGUAUUCCCUCAAACAAAAAGCCUCAAGGCUAAAAGUCUCAUGGCAAUGAAGUGAGGGUUAGAGUUAGACCAUAGGGGAUAUUGGUACCAGUUGCCUCCAGAAAGCUGGUUAUCUUUUAAAAAGUGAUUUAAAGAAAUAUCUUUGCACAGCAUCACCUUUUUAUCGUCCCCAUUUCUGUUCUGGGAGAUGUAAUGCAGAUUUAAUGAAUUAGAUACCAUAGUUUAAGAAAUAAAAAAAAAAAAUCCUCUAAAAAAUUCUGAAAUAAAAUUUUUUGAAUGUCUGGAGCUCCCCUCACACGUGCACAUAUGAAAAUUACACCGGAGAGUGAGCAAGUAUAUAUUUAAACGUUUUUCAUGACUAGGGCUGGAAUUCACAUGAAGCCUUUUCAUGGGAUAUUCAACCCAGGAGGAAUAUAUAUAUAUAGUCAGUGUGAAUAUCAGACCAUCAGCUAUUCUAUCUUUCAAUCUCUGUGUAGUGUGAAGAAAUUAGCAUACAAGGGGUAUAAGAGAGAGGAUUUAUUUAACUAAUGACUAAUCAGAUAUAGCACUAUGCUGGUUGUACAGUGCUGCAAGGUAUAGAAUUUACAUGAAUUUAGCCCUGGGUCACCUGACAUAAAUGUGAAGCUUUCUCACAGUGAUAAAGGAAAUUAUAAAAAUCCCCUUUGUGAUCUGAUAAAAGGAAGGCAUAUGGUGGAUAUGUAAUCUGUCCAUAAAUACUAACUUCUGUGUUUUUCCACAUUUUCAGAUAAAACCAGCCCCACAUAAAUUAUGGCUUAUUAUGCCAAAAACUAGUUAUGGUUGAGAUGUAACUAGUGUCUGCAAUAUUGCAAUUAACCACUAGCAAGCAGAUUUUUUUUCCAAAUGGAAGACAAAGAGAAAAUUAAACUUGAUUUAAAAAUAUACCUCCUUAGACAAUCCAUGAUGUCAAUUUACUUGCUGUUUCACAUACCACAUAAAGGUCACAUUUUACAGAUUUACAGUUUAUGCCUGUCUUUACCUGAAUGUGUUUGACCACUUAACUCUUGUAACAAAGUACUCAGGUACCUAAGACUCUGUUAUGCCAUCUGACACAUAAAGAUGCAAGUUUCUUUCUUUUGUCUACAUAGUCCUUAAAAAAAAAUAAUGGUACUGUCAGUAGAACAUGUUACUAAUGCUGUUCAUAGUACUAAUUUAUGCUACCUUAAAACCAUCUACAUAAUAUUGUUGGAAUUCUCAAAAUACUAGAUGAGAAACUUUAAUAUGUUGAUUUAUAACAAAGGUGAACUUGCAAGACUGAAACUUAAGGAGUAAUAUUUUGGCUUUGUCAACAUUAAUGACAUUUUUUCUUCUGAUGUUAGAUUAUGCACUUUGCAGGUUAGGUGUGGAGGAAUAUGGUGUUGCUGUGAAUAUGAUAAAUGUCGUGUUAAAAGAUUUAUUUUAGCUCAAGCACACUGUUUUGCUUUAUCUUGAUAGUAGUAACUUAUUGGGAAAAGUGUAUUGCUGAUAAUUAUAAUUAUUGUGAACUGGACUGAAGAUAAAUUACACACUUUGAACAUU